AUGUGUGUGAGUGAGGGUAUCUUACCCCCAGGACCCCUGAGUGGAGCUGUGGCAGGCAAAGUGAAGUUCACCACCACCCUCCUACCUCCUGAGAAUCCAUAUCUCUCUGUCAGCUGGAACUUUAAAGGGGGGAACAUCAUCACUUCCACCAGCAUCAACAUCACUGAGCCUGGAUAUGACAACAGGAUCUCAUUAGACCGAGCCACAGGAGCCCUGGAGCUCAGAAACCUGGUGCUGGAAGACAGCGGGGAGUACACUGUCACCAUCACACCAGACAGAGGGCAGCAGAAACAGGGGAAGACCACUCUGAAUGUGUAUGCACUGAUAACAGGAGCCACCAUCCGCAGCCCCACAGACAUCCUGAUAGAGGAUGAAAGCAAUGCCAACCUCACCUGUGAGGCCUCCGGCUCCAUCAGCACCAGAAUCUGGAUAAAGGACGGCCAGCCUCUCCAUCCCAGCAGCCGACUCAACUUCUCCUCAGACAACAGGACAGUGUCCAUACAACCUGUUCACUUCUCCAACCACGGCACCUACCAGUGUCGAAUCAGCAACCCAGUCAGCACCAUGACUGUGGCCCAUAAUCUAACUGUCAACUUUGGACCAUAUAACAUAUCAAUUAUUGGACCGUCAACAGCUCCACCUGGCCAGAGGGUGACACUGCAGUGCACAGCAGACUCUGUCCCACCAGCAAACUUCAGCUGGAUGUUCAACGGCAACGACACUCAUGCUAAUAACUCCAUGUAUAUUAUAGAGCGAUUGGAGGCAGAAAACACAGGGAAUUACACCUGUACUGCCAGAAAUAUGGAGAGACUGGAGAUUACUGAACAAUUGCUGCUAAUUAAAAACGUUGAAAUGAGAGAUGCAGGGUCAUACGUGUGCACCAUUGCAACCUUCCCUCUUGGUUCAUUUGAAGGAAAAACCAACCUUGUUGUUCGAGAACAGAUGCCAUUAUCACCAGGGGUGGUUUCUGCUAUAGUGAUUGCUGUCAUACUGCUUGUUGGGAUUUUGGCAACCAUCACAUACUUGAUUUUCAUCAGAAGGCAUGAUUCUUCAGUCAGACACCGUGUCUUCAUUGAUACAGGUGGAACGGCGACAGAGGUGGCCAGGCCAUCUGUUAUUGUGAGAGACCAGGAUGUGGUCUACUCUGACGUCAAGUUCAAACCAUUCAGAGAGGCGACACCCUCAUCCAAUAACCAACACACAGACACCACGUAUGCCGAUGUCACAUAUGCCAAGGUUGUUCUGGGUCAGCAGCCCAAAUGAGGAAUGGAAAAUGGAAAAAAAUGUUUUUUUAAGGUUGUAAAGCUGCUGUGUGCAAGUUGCAUUUAACAUAAUAUUGGUAUCAUUUAGUGAAAUCAGCAUAUCCAUACAUGUAUCAAUAGAUCACCUGCACCUUCUUUUGAUGCUCUCACAUAUUUUUUUUUAAAUGGGCAUAUGCCAAACCAAGGGAUGACAUGUGUUUCCUCUAUAGCAUGAUAACAGGAGGUAUAAAAGUCAUGUAACAAAUUUGUCUGACUUAUCAGAGCUUUCAUCAGCAGUGCAGUCCUUAAAUAACGAAACUAAGAGUCUAUAGCCAUGCUAGUGGCUCUUAAGAUGUGAUGUUUAGCAGGUAUGAUGUUUACCAUUUUCACUGUGUUGGUUUAGCAUGUUAACAUGCAAAAAUUUGAAAGUAUUUGAUCAUAAACUAAAGUGACUGUUUGAACUGAUGAGGUUGCAAGAUGAAAUGACAAGAAAGUCAUUAACGGGGGAAAAACACUUGCACUGUCAUCACAGCUGGACCAUCUCCACCGUGAGAGAGAAAAAAAAAGGGAUGAAGACGAGGUCCAGCUAUGACCCGGUAACCCCCCACCCCUCACAGACUAGUGCUGUUCCAUUUUGACAGAGUAGAGCUCAUCCGACAGAGUUCUUGUUCCUCCUCUGGUAACCAUUAAAUGACAGAGAUAGAAAGACAAUGAAGUGGGAAGUUGCGUGAAUGGAGAACUAAGUCAGAAAUGCAAAAACCAGUAUGGCAUGUCAGUGUUUGUAAGAAAGUGUUUAGUUUCUUCUGUAAAAUUAACUUUCUGGAUUCCUAUUUUACUGUGUUUUUUUUUAACUAAUUGGACAAUCAUGAUGUGUAGAUACCAUUGUCCGUCUCUCUGCAGCUCAGUUACUACCCAGCAUUUUCAUAUGACCCUUUUUAGGGUUAAAGGGUUUGAGUCAAAGAGGAUGACUAGAGUGGUUGUACUCUUUCAAUUUUUUUUUCUGUCCUAUUUCUACCUGUUACCCCAAACCUGUCUACAGUGGUUUUAAACCAAAAUCAAGAAUUGCAUGUCAUGGUUCAGUGGUUUGUAAUUUCCGGCCAUAUUCUGUCUGCUUUAGGUCUCUUGUCCAGAACACUGCUCAGGGUUAAUGUCAUAAUCACGUCUAUGGGUGUUGCAGUAUGAGCACGCCUGAUGUAAAAAGGUGACAAAAUAUGGUUUGCAAAUUGCUGUAGAGGUGCAAACCAUCACUGAACGUUACCAACAGUCACUGUGUUUCACCUGGUAGUUUUGAAACAGCGUUUCCUGACACUGUCAUUUUGUGGGUGUAAGAUAAUGUCUGCUACACUCACUGUGUUGUCAGAACAUGUGAAAACAUGAUUAGCGUAUUGCUUUGCAAACAUGGGAAGUCUUUAAAUCUAAUUUUGAAUGUGUUGAGGUUGUGCGAAAGUCAGGGCUUAAGAAGUCUGAUUACAAUCACUGUAACGCUUAUGAAAUAUACCAGUCCUGUAAACAGAAAUGACAGCGCACAAUUCUGUGUCUUAUCUCAACCUUUUCUUAAGAAUGUAACAUUGUUUGUGGCUGUUGUUGCUUAAUAAAGUUUUGAAUUUUCCCAUGCCAUAUCAA